AUGUUGGAUCAGUACCUCCAACUGGUGGCAUAUAGUAUGGGUUGUCACUCCCUGGAGACCAGAAGUAUUAAAAAAAUAAGAAAGCCAAAGCCUUGGAAGCAUACGGAAUCAAUAACUAGAGCUCAGCUUGUACAGAUGCGUGAAGAAUUUUGGGACACUGCUCCACACUAUGGUGGCCGAAGAGAAAUGGUCAGUGUCACAGCAAGUUACCACCCAGUUCUGUUUCAUAUGUGCUGA